AUGGACGCACUAGCAAGGACUUUUUUGCAUAACAUUGCAAGACUGAGACCAAUUGUAACAGUUGGCUGUGCAAUAAGCUCAUCAUAUGCUCUGUGUGAAAAUGGAAUUGAUGCAAAUCUGUCGGACAUGCUGCUUCCUGGGCUUCUUAUGUUUUUUGGACCGGGCUUAUGUGCAAACAUUGUUUACAAGGAGGCAAAGAUAACACGAAUGGGACUUGUGUCAUAUUUCAUUGGAGUUGCAAUAUUCUCUAUGUUUUCUAGAAUGAGGAUUCUGAAGCCAGCAACCGCGAUUUUCCCAGUUAUAGGCAGAGGCUUGAUGUAUGUUGGAUUGAAGAACAAUAAGCAUCCGUUCCAUCUUGUUGUUGGCUGGCUGCUUGCAAUAGAAAUAUCUGUGGCUUUGAUUCAAAAGAUGCUAUUCAAUAAGAAAAUGAGGAUUUCAGGUGAUAAGAUGGGUGAGACAUUUUUCUUGAUUGCAGGGCUUGGUGUUGGGCGUCUCUAUCGCCUUCCAAAUUACACAAUGAUGGUUAUGGUUGCUCUUAUCUCUGUUGGUCCACUCAUGCAGACACUUGUGUCGUUUACAGUGAGCAAUCGCCAGAAAAAGUCAUCAGCAUCCCUGAGCAGCCCAUCAUCGAGCGUACAAAAUGCACAUCCCAAGGUCAAGGUUGCCAAGAGAAAGACUGCAACAAAACCCAAAAACAUUUAG